AUGGGGGGCAAAUCAGAUGCCGACACGACAAGCCAGAAUCGCGCACAGCAGCCCCAUGGCCAUGGACGCCACCCGGGACUGGCGGGUGCUCAGAACCAUCCUCAGGCGGGUGCUGCGGGCGGCAGAGCUGGUGGGCCAGGAGCUCCGGCUGCCAUUCGACAAGCCAGCCAGCGCAAUACGCGUACACGUCCGAGCGCAGCUUCCUCAUCACACCCCGCUCACGGCCAGACGUCAGGACCUUCGUUUGCGCCUUCAUCAGCAGCACUUGUAGGAUCUGCCCUCGACGACUCUAGCGACGCUGAUUUGACCAGGAUGCACUCGCGCGAUGUCGCACCCCUGCCUUCAUUGCGCGAGGGCGAACAGCUCAGCACCGCAGCGGAGGCAAGACGACCGUCCUUUGUCCCUUCCAGAGACCAAGUGCCUUCCUUCAACGGCCCGUCACGCUUUCCCGGAGGCUUGGAAUCUUCUGGACAACCUUCGAUGCGGCUACCCAAGCCUGCGUCGGAAGCAGCAGAAUCGCAUGAACAGGCUUCGACACUGGCAGAAGCUUGCGUAACGCCGCGACGAAACGCCUGGACCCGCUGGCGGUGGCGAUUCAAAGAAUUCUCCGCAGAGUUGGUCGCAAGCAUCGUGCUCUUGGCCGUGGGCACGAGUGUCAAUUGCCAAGUCAAGCUGUCUCAGGGAUUGAGCCAGCCCGCGGGCUCGUAUCCAUCCCAGAAUUGGGCUUGGGGCUUUGCUGUCAUGUCCACCAUUCAUCUUGCGGGCGGCAUCUCUGGCGCACAUUGCAACCCUGGCAUCACCCUUUCUCUCGCGCUGUUUCGAGGUGCGUACAGAGCGCUUCUUGAUCCGUGCGCGGUCACAAGCUCAUGGCUGCGUUUGCACACAGGCUUUCCCUGGCGCUUGGUCCCCAUCUACAUUCUUGCUCAGCUGCUCGGCAGUUUCAUCGGAUCUGGCCUAGGCUAUGUCCUUUACCAACCCGAGAUUACAGCGUAUCAAGGCGGGCCAAGUCGGACUAUCGUGGGAGAUCGUGAGACCGGUAGCUUGUUUGCUACAGUUCCGGACUCCUACGCCGCCAAUUGGAGCGCGUUUGUCAACGAAGUAGUGGCCAGUGCCAUUCUUGCCAUGCUUGUACUUGCGAUCGGUGACGAUAGCAACAGCCCUCCCGGUGAUGGCAUGUCCGGUCUCAUCCUGGGCCUUGCUGUAACCAUGAUUGGCAUGGCGAUGGGUUGGCAGGUGAGUGCGGCCUUCCUGGACGGCGACAGAGAAUCGCCGCUCACUCAUGCCGCAUCUCCCGCAGUCUGGCUAUGCUGUCAAUGCUGCUCGUGACCUUGGCGCUCGGAUCAUGCUAUCGUGCGCAGGCUACGGCAAUCAUGUGUGGACACACAAUGAUUACUGGUGGAUCUACGGACCGGUCAGUAGUGCUGGGCGCAAUGAUUCGCGAAGAUGCGGCAAGCUCAUUCGUCCCUCGUCCCACAGAUUGCGGGUACUCUAUCGGGCGCGAUCCUUGGCUGCAUCAUCUACGACCUUGCGAUCUAUGCAGGUGACGCAUCGCCUUUGAACCGAGAGUGGACACGAGCGCACAGCAUGGUGGCCGCUGCUCGGAAUGGAGCGCGACUUGCGCGCUUCACGCCAAGGACACGAGGGGAUGCGUCGAUUGUUGAAUGCGGGCAAGCAGCCACAGCACCGUCGUUUCAAGCGGCGCCUGCGCCUUUGCCGUCCUUUGUCUCUGCGGCCGACUCUGCAAAGGAAGAAGUGCGCCGUCGGUGGAGGGACGAUGACGACGCAGAACGAGGGAAGCGACAAUUGGAGGUGAUACCGGAAUCCAGACGAGCUUCGCUCAACCGUGGCGCCGAGAAAGACGGCGAGGCCACGUCGUGA